AUGGCGCAGCUGGCCAGCUCGAUUGAUCUACAGCAACGCCGACCGGGCUCAGCGACGACGACGACGACCAUGGCUCGCUCCGACUUGUCAGCCAUCGCUUCGAGCCCCAGCGCGGCGCCGGCGGGUGCGGGUGCGGUGGGCCUGGGCAUGAGUGUGGGCGUGGGCGUGGGCGUGGGCGUGGGCGUGGGCGUGGGCGUGGGCGUGGGCGUGGGCGUGGGCGUUGGCGUGGCACACGGUCCGACCACGCACGGCCACCCCGCACCGAGUCGUGAUCAUUCCGGCGGGGAGUUCGACUUUGUUCCGCCUGCUUCUCCGACACCCAGUGGUGGGUCGUGGAAGAAGAUUCGACACAAGCUCAGUCGGAAACCGUCGGCCAUCUCGACCGGGAUGCGUGGUGCGGCGCCGGGUAGCAGCAGCACGCCCCAAUCGCCCCAGCAGCACCACCUCCUCGUCGCCAGCGGCGCUCGGGGCAGCAGCACCGGCCACGAUCACCACCCACUCGACUCGCCAGCUUCGCCCGGCUCUCCCCACCAGCAGCACCAGGCGAUCUGUUCUACCUCAACGCUUUCGAUGGUCUCGGGCCCUACGACCCCGCUCAAGUCGUCCUCGCUCGGCCAUCCGCAGACUUCCGAAGACAGCGGCUACUUUGCUCAUUCGACGCGUGCCGCCACCAUCACCACCACCACCGCAGCAGCGGCCGGCACGAGUUCGGGCACGGGUCCGGAGAACAGCUUGGGCACAGCCACCCACGCCAACUAUGACACGACCCCGUUGAACGACAACUCGCCCGCACCUAGCAGCAAAAGUGCGAGCUUCAGGAACGAUCACCCCAACUCGUCCUCGUCGUCGCUGAACCGCACCCCACCGAUCGGCAAGGAGAAUCUGCGCGGAUCGACCCGGUCCAAGAACGGACUCUCGAGCUCUCAAAAGCAAAUUUCUGCAGCCCAGUCAUCCGUGCUGGUGUCCUCGUCCUCGCCAUCCUCUUCGUUGCCUUCGACUCCGGCCAUCAUCAGGGGCUCGGACGCCACCUCCGCUCGCUCGGCCAAAUCCUCACGCCCAUCCAAAGCGUCGCGAUCCCAUACGGCCUCGACGUCCCCACCGCAGAAGGCAUCAACGCGUGAAACCUCGCCUACUUCUGGCUCGUCGGCGGCUCGCUUCCUGCGGCGCGUCGCUUCGGCCCCAAACGCUAAAGCCCUCUUCAAUGGCUCGCUUUUCUCCUCCUCAAAACCCAACUACCUCUCGCCGACCCCACCGGUACCUCCACUACCGACAGGUGCUAUCCGUGUCGGCGAAGUGCACGACUCGGGCGUGUCGCUGAGCACCGGGCCCGGAUCGAGCAACGGAGACAAGCGAUCAAAGUCGUCCCUCUCGGAUGCGACGAAGUCGUCCUCCUCGGCCCGAUCCUCGUCGAACGGCGGUGUAGCAGCCCUGUCCAACAGCUUCCACGUCCCGUCUCCCUCUCCGUCCCCCACUCGAUCACGUUCUUCGCCCGCGAUCGCGACCUCGCCUUCCAUGUCUUCAUCCGCACUUCUGGCCCCACCUUCACCCAGCCCCUCGAUCACGCCCGGUUCGCCCCGUGCCGCGUUCCGACGGACGUAUUCGUCCUCUUCGAUUCGCAACCGAAGUGCCGAGAUCGGGCCCAGCAGUUUCCACAAGAUCAAGCUAUUGGGCAAAGGGGACGUCGGCAAGGUGUACCUCGUCCGGGAGAAGAAGACCGACAAGCUGUUCGCGAUGAAGGUCUUGAGCAAGAAGGAAAUGAUCAAGAGGAACAAGGUCAAGCGUGCGCUGGCCGAGCAGGUAAGGAAAGAGUUUAUCUAAGCGGUUCCGUGACCGAGGACUUACUCAAACCCCUUUACCGUACUGUCGCAGGAAAUCCUCGCUGGCUCGAAUCACCCUUUUAUCGUCACGCUCUACCAUUCUUUCCAGUCGGACGAUUACCUCUAUCUCUGUACGCAGUUUCGCAGAAGCUACGUUAAGUCCUUGCUCCGAUGCUCAUGCUUCGCUUCCUUCCUCAGGCAUGGAAUACUGUUCGGGCGGAGAGUUCUUCCGCGCUUUACAGACCCGACCUGGCAAGUGCCUUGCCGAGGACGACGCCAAGUUCUAUGCCGCCGAGGUUGUCGCCGCUCUCGAAUACUUACAUCUGAUGGGCUUCAUCUAUCGGGAUCUCAAGCCCGAGAGUACGUACUACGACCUGCGCCAUCUUUGAUAUUUCAUACGCUAAUCCUUCUUUUCUUGCAGACAUCCUGCUGCACUCGAGCGGCCACAUCAUGUUAUCCGACUUUGAUCUGUCCAAACAAUCCGAUGUUGGAAGCGUCACCCCGGCUGGGAUCCGACAUACUCAAAACGGUGCUCCCUUGAUCGACACCAAAGCCUGCGUCGCCGAUUUCAGGACCAACUCGUGAGUUGCCAGAUUGAGGUAAUCACCGACCAGGGAAUGUGCUGAUAUGGCGGAAUGUCUCCUGGCGGGCGCACAGUUUCGUGGGAACAGAGGAGUAGUGAGUCAUUCAAAUGGUUUGCUUGGCUCGAUAAGAGUCGGGCACUGAUUGUUGCCACCGCCAUUUCACAGCAUCGCCCCCGAAGUCAUCAAAGGGUGUGGUCAUUCCAUGGCCGUCGACUGGUGGUGCCUUUCUGUUCUCUCUUACGAAAUGGUGAGUGACAUCAGUCAGCCGCCGGAUCGGGCUUUUCAGGGGAUCAGGGGCUGAUAUACGAGGUCUUAGUUGUUCGGCUACACGCCCUUUAAAGGCGCGAACCGCCACGCGACCUUUUCCAACAUCCUUCGCAACGACGUCGUCUUCCCCGAUAGCCCCGCCACGACGACGCACUGCCGAAGCUUCAUCAAGAAGGGCCUGCUUAAAGACGAACACAAGCGUUUGGGCAGUCAGAGUGGAGCGAGCGAGGUCAAGCAGGCCAAGUGGUUCGCAUCAAUCAACUGGGGUCUGUUGAGGCAUCAAAAGCCGCCCAUCAUCCCGAUCAUCUCGUGAGUUUACUCUCGGUGGAAGCGUGUUUUCCCUCUACCGCAUGUUGAUCGAUAUAUGGUUGCUUCUUGCGCACAGCAACGGUCACGACGCCAUCAACUUCCGCCAGAUGCGCGAUUCCAAGUCGCUCGAUCUCGAGGGCCAGGGUCAAGCGUGGCUUCCUUGGCCCGAGUCAGCAUCAGAAGGCUUUUCUCCGAGCGGUACGGUUACGCCUUCGGUCGAGGAGGUCCCGGGCCAUUAA